AGUGCUCACGUGACAGGGCAAUGGUAAAAUAAAGAUUGUUACGGAAACCUAAAAACUUUUCAUUUUCCUGUCACCCGAUUUUAGGAACGUGGAAAGAAGGGUUGUGAGAUAUUCUCUCAUUUCUUCAUACCCUAAGUUGCCUAAGAGCAUUGUAUGAAGGGUUAUUUGAUGUGAAGUAGGUAUCAAUAAUAUAUAUUGAUUCCGGAUAUCUCCAAAGCCAGUAUUGCUAGGUACUCGUUGAUCCUGUGUGUUUUCUGGGUCAGAGCGCAGCGCAGAAGAAUUUCGGACUCUCUCAACAAGCUCCAGGGAUCGAGGUAUUCGCAAAGGUAUUGCACUGAAGAAAUUGACUGUAUGUUGAUAUUUUCAAUAGCAAAACGGUUUGUAGAUUUAUUUAGAACGCCAAAAGCGGCUUACUGCGUGUAAUGUUGCACUAUGAAGAAAACAAACUAACAACAACAUGGCGUCCACAGCCCCAGAGUCACAGUCAGAGUUACCAAACAAGUAACACUUCUUCUGCCACAUUGCCAAACCAAGGACUAGAUAUAAACAUGAACAAUUUCACCGGAGGAACAAACAUCCCUCCAGGCAGUUACGGAGAUUACGACGAUUAUGGACUUUUUGAUGACGAUUUCUACAGCAACAACGGAUUCCUUCAGUCGUAUGGCUUAGGGGAGCCUUCUACUGUUACUGAUUUGACCGACUUGGACAACUCUCAUCCACAGCCACCAGUCGCUCACAGACAGAAUGCAGGAGUCGUCGAACCAAUCGACCACAGUCGUCCCCCUCCCCUUGCACACAACUCCAAUGGGCUCAUAGAUACAGUGUCACCUCAGUAUCUAGUAAAAGAGGAACCACAGAGCCCAACAUCUACCACGUCCACACAACCCUCCCCACCUAUCUGCUCCCCACUGGGAAAUGGCUCAGACAUGGGAUUGAAAAGCCUGAAGCUUCUCCCCUGCAGUGUGUGUGGGGAAACCUCCUCUGGCUUCCACUGUGGAGCAAUCACAUGUGAAGCGUGUAAGAAAUUUUUCAUCAGGAGUUGCCAAGGAGAAUCUAAUAAAUAUGUUUGUACCAAGAAUAACAACUGUGAAAUUAUGAGAGCAACUCGCACCCAGUGCCAGAGAUGCCGCUAUGAGAAAUGUUUAGCAGUCGGAAUGGUGCCCAAGGGAUCCAAGGAACAGAAAGCACCAUCUGUUCAUGAGCUUUUCUCCAAGUUCCCUUGUUCAGUGUGCAAGGCCCCUGCCUCUGGCUUUCACUUUGGUGCAGUGACAUGUGAGGGUUGUAAGGGCUUUUUCCGCCGCAGUGUGAAGGAAAAGAAUGGAUUGGAUUAUUACUGUGAACAGGGUGGCAAUUGUCCUAUCACUGAAACUACUAGGAACACAUGCCGCUACUGCCGUUAUAAGAAAUGCCUAGAUGUUGGCAUGUCUUUAGAAGGCAGCAGAAUUGGCCGUCAGCCCAACUACAUCAAACACAAGAUCCUUCAGAUCCAGCAGGAACAGGACAAAGUGAAGAAGGAACCUGUGACCAGUGAGGAGACCACCACCACCAGCCUCACUUCUGCCUCCUCUGACCCAGAUCUGUCCUCCAUGCCAGCCAAUAAUAUCAUACAGGACAUCAUGCGCCUUAAAGCGGAGCCAAAAUAUGUGUCACAGCCUGACUUGUCCGAGCUGGACUUCCCUGACCUACCCCCUUACCUGGACUAUCCUCUCCCACCCCAGCUGCCUUCAUAUUCGUCAUUCACUUCAACACCCUCUGACCUGACCUAUAACACCACUACACCAUCAGCAGUGACUGGGAGGCGUACUGUGUCAGCCAGCGAGGCACCACUGCGUAGGUCAGGUGUGCUGCCCAGUAACAGCUAUCAAUACAAUAACCAAAUGCCACAGCAGCAACAGCAUCUGUCACAGGAACGCCAGCAGCUCCCACAGCCACAGCAUCAGCUUCAACAGCCUCAAAGGCAGCAGCAGCAACAACAGCAGCAGCAGCAGCAACAACAACAUCAGCAACAUCAGCAGCAGCAGAAACAGCCUUAUCCCUCAUAUGUGCCUAGUGCUGGAGGCACUAAGAGAAGUGUCAGUGACUCUGCAGUACCUUGUAAAUCAUCUGCCAUAGCUGUUGGGAAGCAAAUGACACCCACUGCCAACCAGAUGGCGCCACAAGUUACAGUGAAGCAAGAGCCGCCAGAUUUCUAUACUUGUGCAUACUCCUCCAGCUUCUCACCCAAGGAUGAAAAUGAUGGCAUCUACACUGAUGAGAUGGCCAGCUUUACUGCUGACAUCUGCGAGGCUUAUAAACAUCUAUUACCUAUCAAACAAAAGGCCCCUGAUGCCCAGGAACCAGAGGAUCCAUAUUCCUUAGACAAAGAGGGGGUGUGGAAGCUGACGACUGCAGAGAUCUUCAAGAAUGUCCAUUGUCUUAUUAAGUUCGGCAAAAAGAUUCCAGGUUUUCGUGCCAUUCCUAUGGAAGAUCAGAUUUGUUUGGUGCGUCACACUAACUACAUUAUGUCCCUGGCCAUGAUGUCACAGAUGUUUGACCUUCAGACCAAAGCCCCCAACUUCUACAACCUGAGUGUGCCCAUGCAGAAGCGCAUCUUGGAGGCGUUCUCCCAGCCGUUUGCUCACGUCCAGGAACACAUGGUCAGCUUUGGAGAGAGGCUGAAGUCCAUGGAUAUGGAUGACAUAGAGUACCCGAUGCUGUGUGCACUUAUACUGCUCCAGACAUCUGACCUAGAGCUGAAGGAACCAGGGAAAAUUGAUCAGUUGUCUGCCAAGGUCAGCAAUGCCUUCAAGGCAUACAUGACAAACAAAUAUGGACCAAACAGUCCUCGCUACUUUAGCAUUAUCCAGAUCCUGCAAGACCUCCACCAGGCAGGAUUACUUCAUGUACAACGCAUGUCUAUGGUGAAGACCAUGGCUGAUCUCCCUAUCCCUGCCCUCCUGGCUGAAAUGUACAUCACAUAGUCCUGGUGUGCCACUCUGCACAGCUAACAGUAGCCGGGCUCUGAGAGCAGCUGGAUGUGCUGCCUCCCUCGUGAAGGCAUCUUAACACUGUAGAUUGGAGAUUUCAAAUUGCAAAAAUGGGAUCUUGGUUUUAGGAAAAUCAUUUAUCUAGAGUUUGAAAUUGUACAUUGUGUAAUCAUAGCAACAUGGGGAAAUGUACAUAUUGUUACUUUGAACCACAUCUUUAGACUGGUGGUACUUUUUUAUUGCAAAUCCACAGAGCAUUGUGUUCAUGGCUUGAGAUGACUGAAGGGGUGUCUGGACGUGGCACUCUGGCUAUUGUGAUAUGGAUACCUAGACACGAGAUUGAAGCCAUCAUCCUGCCAGUGAACAUCAGCACAGUAUUCUGGCCCAACAGGCAGCCUGCCCAGCUCUGUGCUGUUCCUCUCCAGCAGUUACUGUGGAAAAUGGGGAAUACUUCUUAUUGACUGGAGAGACCUCUAUCACUGUUUGGAGAAACCAUGAUAACUGACUAGAGAAAUCACGUAAACUGACUAGAGAGACCUCUAUUACUGAUUGUAGAGACCACGGUCACUGAUGGGAGAGACCUCUAUAACUGAAAGGAAGAUAUAGAAAAGCAGCAAUAACAGGCUGCAUACAUGAAGGUGGUUGCCUUUUUGUGAAACCACUUCAUAAAGAGUGCUGUGUUGGGCACAUGAACUGCAGUAGUGAGUGGAAGAUGUAUGAGAUUUUGUAUUUUGAAUUGUUGCAUAUGUCAACAAGAUUCAUGAUGUUUUUAAAGAGAGUUUCAUCUUCAAAGACAGAAACAGAGAAAAAUGUAAAACGUCCAUGCUGUGCUGUGCAGCCAGGCAUUCUCUAUCACAGAGGCUGGGAGCUCUGCUCUACUUUGUACUGAAUGUUCAGACACAGGGUUUUUACUGGAACUGGUGUAGAUUUUGUACAUAUGUAUAUUUAGCAUAUUUUUGCAUCACUAAUUACUUUGCUUGAAGUGAAGGUUCCUUGGCUAAUAGCCAUACAUUACAUCAGAUGUUAUCAAAGGGGUCAAAUUAGAUGUUUUAUCAGUGGUGUACUCUAUAUUUUGUGGUACAAAUGUAGCUUCUGUUAAUAUGCCUGUGCUUAAAUCCAGUAUGUUUAUAUUGCUAGAAUUAACUGUAUAAUUUUUAUUGGAUUUUUUCUAUUAAAUGAAAAAGUGAAACUUAUGUAAAUUUAACGUAUCUAUAUUAAUGAAGUCAGGAGAAAUCAGAAGUGCAUGACUUUAAAUUUAUUUUGUUUUAGUGCAUAUGUCAUAUUUUAUAAUAAAAUUGUGAAGACCUGAUCCUUUGUGGCCUAGCUACACCUGCCUUUGCAAAGAACAGUUAGCGCUGAGGUCAGUGUCCAAAAUCAGGGCAUUUUCACACUGAUUGUCCUUGAGGAUUUUAUAUCGAGAUCCUGCCAGCGCGGUGCUUCAUUAAUAAGUGGUAGACUAGAAGAUUGUCAGCAUAUUUUUACUUUGAGAUUUUAAUAAUAUAUGUAAAUAGUAAUGAAGUAUAUUGAUAAUGAAUGCAGGUGAUUUAAGGGUGUGGCAGUGAUGGACAGAAAAUGGGAGGGGUGAAUUGUGGAGGUAACAGGUGGAGCAUACUUUUAUGUGAGACUGAAUCUAGAACGGUACCAUUCAACAAUCUUUUGCUGCCAUACACCCCUAACAGAAAAAAUGGAGUUGUGGCCCAUUUCUAAAGUAUUUUGCCACUUGUUUCAUUUCAUUUACUUGGGUUAAAUAUUUUUUGGAUGGCAUAAGUUUUUUUGUUGUUGUUGUAAGUUGACCUUGAUGGAAACACUUCUAGUAUGUUGUAUGCACGGAGUGAAGCAGGUAGUGAUUACGGGUUACAUCUUUAGUUAAGAGACCUAGUUUGUCUGAGACACCCAUUUGCUUUGUUCUAAUUCAAGUCCGAAUAUAAUCUAUGAGGCAGCUUUGGUUAGCAAAGAUUUCAUGAAAUUCUGUAUUCGUAAGUGAAAUACUUUAACAGUAGGGUACUGUAACAUGAUUAGCUCUAUGUCAGACCUUAGCUGUCACCUUCACAGGUUCUGGAGUCUCUGCAGAGUUUGGAAAAUUAAAGUUUAACAUAUAUGGACAUGCCCACAAGGAAACCAUGUGCUGUUUAGCAGGGUUAUGCUGACCUAAUUCCCUGUUUCAUUGCACCUUUGUCUUUAAUAGUAGUUUGACAUUAAUCAGAGCAGAGAAAGAGAAAGGGAUGGCUAGGGCCAUCUGAUAGGGGCAGCAAGAGUGGAUACCAGUACCCUUAAGGUUAUUAAUAUAUUAAUAUAUCAUUUUUAUGGAUUGUGAAUAUACCUCGAUAGACAGUAAUUUUGAAACAUUAACAACUCCACCCUUAUAACAACAGCUUGUACUUUGGUUAAUACGGUUAUUCAGAAAGAUGUCAUUUGACUUGUAUUUAGUGAGGAAUAUUGGAAUUAAUAACUUUGGCAUUUCUGUUAUUGAAUUUUGCCAUUUGCAGUAAAACAAAGUACAUAAGGCUGAAGUGUACAUGAGUGCCUUGUACGAAGAUAAUGCUGCAUCGUGUAAAAAUUGUGUGUUGAAUUAUUGAUUCAUUUAAGGGGUCGAUUUGUUGCAUCUGACCGCACAUAUUGCUCUAGUGUGCUGAUAUGAUAUUCAUUAGUGACAGUUUUUAAUUGAAGUUCUGUGUCAUAGCGUAAACCUCUGUCCUUUGAAAUAAACACGAGUGAAUAACA